AUCCUAAGAAAAGUAGAUGAUGGCACUUUGAAUCAACAAAAACUGCUUGAACUAUUAAAUAAAACUAAAAAAAAUGAUGGAUUCGCUAAUUUUACUUUUAAAUCAAGAGGGUUUUAUGAAAAACCUUCAGAACAUGAAAGUGAAUUAGAAGAGGAAUUGAAUCCUCAAAAUUCUUUGGUUAAGUUUAAUAAGCAAUCUUAUUUAUUUGUCUAUCAAAAGACAAGUCCCGAUAAACUCGAUCAUUCUGAUAAACGUCAUAAACAUAAAAGUCAUCCCCACAAUCGUUGCAGUCAUCAUAAAACCAAUAAUGGUAAGAGAUAUUCUUUAAAAGAAUGCCAAAGAAGGAAACCUAAAUCUAUAUUAAAAGCAAAAGAAAACGAGAGUGAAAUUGAAGAAUCUAAAAGGGCUAUAAAAUGUGAUAACAUCGAUGUUGAAUCCUUUAUGAAAUAUUUUGAGAAAAUCGAAAGUCAAAAGUACAUCGAUGAAAGAAAAUUAAGUAAAAUAAGAGAACAGCAGUUAAGUAACUAUUAUUCAGAUAGAUUCUUUCCAGCACUUAAUAAAGAGUCAAGUAAUGAUUUAAAAGAAUAUAUAAAGAGCAAAAGAGCUACAGAAGUUAAUAUUGGGAGGACAUUAGAUAAACAUAAAACUGAGUAG